UCUUUCCCAGCCGUUCACCACUAUUUCUGGCCCUUUAGUUGGCUUUGGCAGCCUUCGGGUGAUCGGCAUUGUUCCCCACGUUGACACACCACCGGAAGGUGUCGGUCGCGAUUGUUGAAUGAAAAGACGAAUCCGAGUCCGUGAAUGCCUCGGCCGAGGAACCGUGCCAGAAUAGGCGUUCCGUCGCCCCCGAUGUGGGACUGCCGAGUGAUUGUUGACUCGACGACGUUUACCGGCCUCUGUUUUGUUUAUCACCGAAAGGAAACAAUCUCGACUGGCCGAGUAUUUGUUUAAACUGAAUUGUUUGUUUGCAGUAUUGCAAUUCACGAAGUACGCUAUGAGUUAACUUUCUUGUGCUAGUUGUUGAGCCGAGUGAGAUGUUUAGUAGGACUCAUUAGUUAUUUGUGUAAGCUGUGAUGUUAUAAUGUUGUUCAUUUUCCUCUUGUUUGGGUGCACGUUGGCGUACUACAGUCCUAGUAAAAUAUGUUUAGGUGGACUUUUUGAAGAUACGGAAAUUGAAAAAGAAAAGGUGUUCAGGUAUUCUGUUCAAAGAUUAAAUGAACACAAUUUAGCAGCUGGGCUGCCUAUGAAUGUGUACACUUCUGCAGUGAAAACAGUUCCACGAUAUGAUAGUUUUAAAGUUUCUAAGGCAGUGUGUGAACUGCUAAGUGAAGGGGUGGCAGGAGUGUUUGGUCCCCAGUCUCCAGACACGACAGAUCAUGUCCAGUCAGUGUGUGACACCAAGGAGAUACCUCACGUGGAGCAGCGGUGGGACAUCCGACAGCGGCGUGGUUCCUGCCUCAUCAAUCUUUACCCACACCCUUCAUCGAUCGCUAAGGCACUUGCAGACUUGGUAACAGCUUUUAAAUGGGGAAGUUUUACAGUUAUAUUUGACCAGAGUGAAGGUCUUGUCAAACUGAAAGAUCUUCUAAGUUAUUACGAUCACAGAGGAUUUCCAGUCACUGUGAGGCAACUGGAUGAGGGGAACAACUAUAGGGAAACAUUAAGAAGAAUAAAACAUGUGAAUGAAAAGAAUAUAGUGUUGGACUGCGCUGCUGACAAGUUGCCUGACGUGCUUCUGCAAGCGAUGCAAGUCGGUCUACUGGGCAGUGACUACAAUUACAUCAUCACUGACAUGGAUAUGCAUACGAAAAACCUAGAACCUUUUGUUUAUGGAGGCACAAAUAUUACAGGAAUUCGAAUGGUCGAUCCUAGUGAUCCGAUAGUGAGAGAGGCAACUGCGUAUUUCAGAAUAAAAGAGGCGGGAGAGAAAGGCAGCCUGACUCACUUUAGUGAGUCACCUAUGAAGCUAGAGACCGCACUGAUCGCGGACUCUGUGGCUCUGUUUGCUCGGGGUCUCCGACAUCUCAAUCUCAGCAAGGAUAUUCAAAUGAGAGCCCUUGACUGCCAGGACACAAUCAGCUGGGAGCAUGGUUACAGCUUGAUCAACUACAUGAAAAUGAGUGAAUUCCAAGGCAUAACUGGAUUGGUAAAAUUUGACAAUGAGGGAUUUCGUACUGACUUCCGUUUGGACAUUCUAGACUUAAAACCAGAAGGACUAAGAAAGACAGGAACAUGGAAUAUCACAGAUGGAGUUAACUUCACACAACUUGAGAAUGAUGAUUCUGGUCUGGACGAUCUCAGACGGGAGCUUAGAAACAUGUCCUUCAUAGUGAUGAUUGCCCUGACACAUCCAUAUGGAAUGCUGAAGGAAACAGCAGACAAAAAGAUAGGAAAUGAUAGAUAUGAGGGGAUGGGAAUAGAUGUAAUACAGGAACUUGCUGCAUUACAUGGUUUCAACUAUACCUUUCGUGUCCAAGCGGAUGGGAGCAGUGGAAAUCCUGACAAAGUCACAGGAGAGUGGACAGGAAUGAUUGGAGAAGUUCUUUCCGGGAGAGCAGAUUUGGCAAUUGCUGACAUAACAAUCACUAGAGAAAGAGAAAAAGAUGCUGAUUUUACAUUGCCGUUCUUAGACCUAGGAAUCAGUAUUCUGUACAAAAAACCUAUGAAGAUGCCACCAAAUUUAUUCUCGUUCUUGCUGCCAUUCAGUUCUCAUGUGUGGUAUGCAACAGUUGCAGCUUAUCUUGGUGUCUCUUUACUUCUAUUCGUCAUAGCCAGGAUAACUCCAAGGGAGUGGAUCAACCCAUAUCCUUGUAUAGAAGAACCGAAGCUACUAGAAAACCAAUUCAGCCUCAACAACGCUUUGUGGUUUACUCUUGGUUCCAUCAUGCAGCAAGGAUCCGAGAUUGCCCCAAUAGCAGUAUCCACAAGGAUGGUGGCAGGGAUCUGGUGGUUUUUUACACUGAUCAUGGUAUCAUCCUAUACAGCAAACCUGGCUGCUUUCCUCACCAUUGAGAGCACUCAUCCUAAAUUCCGCACUGUUGGAGACCUUGCCAACCAAAAGCCUCUAAAAAUUCGAUACGGAGCCAGAGCUGGAGGUUCAACAGCUAAUUUCUUCAGAGACUCGAAUGACACGACGUACACAAAGAUGUGGCAGUUUAUGCAGGAAAACCCAGAUGUAAUGGUGGCCACUAAUGAGGAUGGAGUCGCCAGAGUCAUGAGUAACACAGAAGACUAUGCCUUCCUCAUGGAGUCCACUUCCAUCAGCUACGAAGUUCAGCGAAAGUGUGACCUUACACAAGUUGGCGGCCUACUGGACAACAAGGGCUAUGGCAUUGCCAUGCGCAAGAACUCCUGGUAUCGAGGUGUGCUAAGUUCAAGUAUAGUGCAGCUCCAAGAGACUGGAAAACUGAGGCUAUUGUAUGACAAAUGGUGGAAGGAGAAACGGGGUGGAGGUUCUUGCAAUGACGAUGAACCUGGAGGGGACGCAGCAGAGUUGGAUCUAAACAAUGUUGGUGGUGUGUUUCUGGUCCUCUUGAUUGGGGCGUCAUGCGCUUGCUUUAUUGCAUUUAUUGAACUUGUGUGGGAGAUCUACAAGAAGAAGGACAAGGUUUCAUUUUGGAAUGAAUUGGUAGAAGAGGUUAAGUUCAUAACAAGUUGCCAAGGGUCUAUGAAACCAAUGCGAAGGGGAAAUAGGACGGAAGAAACCACUUCAACAGACAACCCUGAUCUCUAUGGCGGUCAUUACAACAAAUACCACGUCGAUGUGAAGCACCCUCUGGAUUGACAUCAUAUUUUGUGUGUUUGGUUCUGAGCAAGUAGUUCCAAUUCAGGGAAUAGGACCCAACUAGAUGUUCCUAAUAAUUUUUUUAAUGUGCAGGCAAUUAAUAUCAUGUGAGAUUCAUAAUUAAAAAAACAUGAUUGUAAGGCUUCUUAUAAGAACUAUGAUUAUGUUUCGAUGAAUAUGUUUAGGGGUGGAUUUAGCAUGAGAUUUUGGGAAGAGUCAUAAUUGGAUGAUCAAUGGAUAAUAACCUUCAUGACAUAAGGAGUCCAGGAAAAAGCAAAAGUUAACAAAAAAGUUAAAAAAAAUAAACUUAUUAAAAUACAUUUUUAUGCAUUUAGAGUCUAAAAAUUUACUUUAAAACCCGAACUAAAUAAUUUAUUUUUGGUAAAUAUUUGGGGAAGGAUCAUGAACCCUAUGACUUCUCCCCUAAAUCCACUGAUUAUGUAUCAUUCAAAUGAAUGGCCUUACAAUGUUCCAAGUCUAGUAUGUAUAAGCAAGCACCAUGUGUGUUUGAAAAUGAUUGAAUUUGAUGAGAACCUUUGUCAAUCUUUAUGUAAAUGAUUAAAGGUUGAAAGAUUAUGAUGCUUUGUAUGCACUAUUACUUGUUAACACAAAUAAAGAUAUUGUCUACUCUAUUCACUAUACUAAAUGUUUUUAAUGGGUUUCACUCAGCUUACACAAAUAUUAAUGAUUGAAAAUGAGUUUUUUAUAUACAGUAAUAUAGAGAGGCACGCAAAGGUCUACAAGAAAAUAUCUGUAGGCUAUCUUUUGUAAAAUAUUCAGUAAUAAUUAAUAAACUUGUAUUUUAAAAUAUAUAAAAAUUUUAAAAAGCUAAAAUGCUUUAGCUUUUGAAGCUGAAGCUGUUAGAAUUAUUGUUUCUAUGUUUGAUUAGUCCAUAAUUGAAUUAAGAUAACAUUUUUGAAAAAAAAAUUGAUUUAUUUUCAUCUUAAAAAUAAAAAAAAUUCUGAAUUGUG